AUGCAGUGCUAUACUGAGCUGGUUCCGCCGUCUGGAGUCACUAAUGCUCUGGCACUGCCUUUCAUCUCUCCGGAGGCAAGCAACCUAGUUGUUGCUAGAACUUCCUUGCUUCAGAUCUUUUCUCAUAAGCCGACGAGUAAUGGCCAGGAUACCAAAUUGGUGCUGGUAGCAGAGUACAGCCUUCCUGGAACCAUCACUUCGCUGGGAAGAGUCAAGAUCCUGGCUUCGAAAAGUGGAGGAGAAGCUAUUCUUAUUGCCUUUCGAGACGCAAAGUUGAGCUUGAUAGAAUGGGAUGUGGAAAAGCAUAGCAUUGCCACAAUUUCAAUUCAUUACUAUGAGAGUGAAGCGCUGCAACGAAGUCCUUUCACUCCUGAUCUGCGCGAUUGUGUCAAUCAUCUCACAAUUGAUCCAAGUAGCAGAUGUGCCAUUUUCAAUUUUGCGGUAACCAAUGUCGCCAUCAUCCCUUUUCACCAAGCUGGCGAUGAUCUGGUCAUGGAUGAUUACGAUGCAGAGUUUGAUCGAGAAGACGCAGAGAGAUCGCCCACCAAGAAGACUAAUGGCGAUGUCGAAACAUAUCAGACGCCAUACGCCUCUUCCUUUGUGUUGCCGUUGACUGCACUUGACCCAGGCAUUCUUCACCCAGUCCACAUAGCCUUCCUGCACGAAUAUCGAGAACCCACUUUCGGUAUCCUCUAUUCGAGCAUUGCCAGAUCCUCGGCGCUGAACCAUGAACGGAAAGAUGUGACACAGUAUGCGGUACUCACUCUCGAUUUGGAACAACGAGCCUCUACGACUUUAUUGUCCAUUUCGAGAUUACCCAAUGAUCUUUCUGCCGUCAUUCCCUUACCACUCCCUGUUGGAGGUGCACUGUUAGUUGGAGCUAAUGAGCUCAUCCAUGUCGACCAAGGAGGUAAGACGAGCGCGGUUGGCGUCAACGAGUUUGCUCGAAAAUGCUCCUCAUUCUCCAUGGCGGACCAGUCCGAGUGCCGAAUGCGCUUAGAAGGAUGCCAGAUCGAGCAACUGAACGCAUCAAAUGGCGACAUGUUGAUAGUACUUGCGACUGGCAAUCUGGCUGUGCUCAGCUUUCGCCUGGACGGACGGUCUGUCUCUGGCAUGUCUGUCCGUACGCUCUCGCAAGAGCUAGGACACACUUUGUUUCGCUCCAGGGCAUCGUGUAUCGCAUCCCUCGGUUCCCAUCGACUUUUUGUUGGCAGCGAUGUUGCCGAUUCUGUACUGCUAAGUACUGCACGAAAGGUCUCUCAAUUGAAGAAGCAUAGCUCGAGAAGUGGACAACGAACCGUAGGCGAUGGCAACAGUGACGUUGCAGAAGACAUGGGAGAAGCGGAGGGCCAGGAGGAGGAGGAAGAAGAAGAGGAAGAGGAGGACGACGAUGAUCUCUACGGCGAUGCCCUUGAUAAAACCAUGACAGGGCAAUCAGAGGGUGUGACUACGUCGGGCACAAAUAUUCGCGUACUAGAUCGACUACAUUGUGUCGCUCCUUUAAGAGAUGUUACGAUUGGCCGCGUAGGCAAACGGAAGCGAGACGGAGAUGAAAUCAAAGGAAAAGAUCAGCCAAGAGAGCUAGAUCUGGUCGUCUGCUGUGGCGAGAGAUUGGCUGGUGGGGUGACUAUCUUUAACCGUGAACUACGACAUGACAUUGUCAGCCAGUCGAAGCUUUCACAAGCAGACGGAGUUUGGUCGUUCUCGGUGAAGCCACCAGCAGCGGCAGCUGAUGGGCUAGGUAUGGAUAGAAGCUAUGACGAAUUCAUGAUCAUCUCCAAACCCAAUGAACCGGUUCAAGCGGAGUCAACCUUGUAUCAGAUCUCUGACGGCUCCCCUCAAGAGAAGACGAACACAGAUUUUGAUCCCUCAGCAGGUGGAACUAUAGAAUGUGGUUCAAUCACGAAUGGGGCGCAUAUCGUGCAAGUCCUCGAAGCAGAGAUCAGGGUCUACGAUAGAGAUUUUGGACUGGCCCAAAUAUGGCCGAUCGUGGACGAGGAGACCAAUGCUGACGCAAAAGCCAUCAGCGCCAGCUUUGCAGAUCCUUAUGUACUUAUUCUGAAGGACGAUUACUCCAUUGUACUUUUGAAGACAGAUAAGAAAGGGGAGCUGGACGAAGUCGACCUUGGAACCGAGCUCCGUGAUGGCAAGUAUAUUUCUGCAUGUUUGUACAGCGACCAACAAGGCACUUUCACCAAACAGAACGCACUAAUGGCAACCACGACGAGCUGUAUCGUUGCAUUGCUGUCCUCUGCUGGGGCACUCAGCAUAUACUCUUUGUCCAAUUUGCAGAUCAAACUCUUCUUUUACGAGGGAUUGCAGUUCCUGCCUUCCAUACUAUCUCACAGCACACCUCUACCGAGGCAUUGGAAAGGUGCAGAAGCAGUGUCAGAGCUUCUCAUUGCAGAUCUCGGCGACAGGAACGACACCUGUCCAUACUUAGUCUUCAAGACAAGCGGUGGUGAUUUUGCUAUCUACGAGAGCUAUAAACCCUCGGUAACUGCUUUCGGGUUCAGAAAGAUCACGCUGAGGCCUGUUUCAAAUGCACCCUCGGGUGAGUUUCUGGAGCCAGAUCAGAACAAUCCCAGCAGGAAAUCCCGUCCAAUGAAAAUGGCUUACGUUAAUGGCCUUUUCGUCGUUCUGGCACCAGGGCAAUCCCCCGCCAUGAUUGCCAAAGUUGCUACGAGCAGCCCCCGAAUUUACAACCUUGCAGCGCGGCCGAUCCUGGCAUUUAGCGGCCACCAUACUGCAUCAUGUUCCCAAGGGUUUGUGUACAUUGACGCGGAUCAGAACUUGUGCAUGGCCAGACUACCCACAGAAAUCUCAAUCGGGCACUCUAGCUGGGUCGAGCGGAAGGUCGAACUCGGCUCCGAUGUCAGUGGUAUUGCAUAUUUCGACCGCACUCAGUCAUAUAUUCUUGCGGCCAGUCAUCUAGCAGAUUUUCAGCUACCGCAAGAUGACGAAUGGCAUGCUGAUUGGAAAAACGAGGAAGCAAGCUGUCUACCACAAGUUGAGCAAGGUUCGGUGAAACUGUUGAGCUCGGCGACCUUCAACAUCAUCGACAACUUCCCACUCGAAUACGCAGAGCGUCCCAUGUGCAUCAAAUCUAUGAACCUCGAGGUGUCGGAGGAGACCCAUGAACGAAAGGAGCUCAUCGUAGUCGGUACAGCCAUUACCAAGGGUGAGGAUGUUGUGGCAAGAGGCUGUAUCUAUAUCUUUGACGUUGUUGAUGUUGUGCCCCAGCCGGGCGUUCCGGAAACUGGCCUGAAGCUCAAACUGAUUGCGAGAGAGGAAGUGAAAGGGGCGGUGACUUCACUUUCCAAAAUAGGAUCCCAGGGAUUCAUGCUUGCAGCUCAAGGCCAGAAAUGCAUGGUGAGAGGCCUUAAAGAAGACCUAUCUAUCUUACCAGUAGCAUUCAUGGACAUGAAAUACUACGUCAACGUGGCAAAGGAGCUACCUGGAACAGGAUUGUGUAUACUGGGUGACGCAAUGAAUGGACUGUGGUUCGUUGGAUAUUCUGAAGAGCCAUACAAGCUGCAACUAUUUGGACGCGAUCAAGCGGGUCUGGAAGUCAUGGCUGCAGAAUUUCUCCCGGACGGGAAGAAUCUAUACAUCAUCGCUGCAGACGCAGAUGGAGAUUUACAUGUCAUGCAGUUUGAUCCAGAGUCACCCGAAUCCGAGAGAGGGACGAAGCUGCUACAAAGAAGCACCUUCCAUUCUGGUUCUUUCGUCACAAGCAUGACUUUACUACCAAAACACGAGGGGUCAUCAGAAGAUAGUGAGCCGAGUCCUGCGGCGAAUGACUACUCUAGCGAUUCUAUUAGUAGCGGCAACCGGCAGAUUCUAUUGACGAGCAGAGAAGGGUCUCUCGGCUUGAUCACACCACUCCCCGAGCAAACUUAUAGGAGAUUAUAUGCUUUGCAAAAUAUCCUCACAGCCAACCUUGAGCAUCCAUUUGGCCUCAAUCCCAGAGCCUACAGAGCUGUGGAAACCGAUGGGAUCGGAGGGGCAGCCAUGGUUGAUGGUAAUUUGGUGCAGAGAUGGUUGGAUCAGGACAGUUUCCACAAAAACUCCACAGCUGACAAAGUCGGCAGCUCUCUUUGGGAGCUUAACGAGGACCUGAACGAAAUCAGUGGUUGUAGUCUGCUUUACCUUUAG